GUGGAUCGAGAUGCUUUCAUGGGAUAACAUGUUGUACUGCUGAUGUCUGUGUCAGUCAUGUAUUUAGUUGACCUGUCAGUGUUUCUGCAAACCAUUUGCUUUUUCUGAUACUAGCAUGUCAAAGCUAACAGAUACUUUAGGAUUACAGGCACCCAGAAAUCUGAACUGCCCCUUCGAAAUCAUCUCUACUUUGUUGCUCGCGGGUUUCUCGGAUGUCCUCUCAGUGUCACUCCCAUAGUCCCAGGCCAGUUGAAGUUCUGAAAUUUAGUUUUUCUCCUUGGAUUCUGGUGGCACUCUCCAUUCUGAUUAUCUUUUGAGAAGAGAUCCCAGGGCCCGUGAUGUCAUAGUGGUAACGGAUGCAGUUUUGGCAGCUGUGUGAGUUGUGAUCUGGAAUGCAUGGUAGCCUACAUGAUAGAACUCUACCGGACUAAAACAGGGGAGGAAAGAAUAUGGGAGUACAGAUAGAUGAUAUGGCAGUUAUUAUGUGUUGAAUUUACACGUUAAGGCGUAUGUAUAUGAAUGAUUUUUGGGAGCUAAUGGAUUGUUUGGAGAAGCAUAGCUUGCAUCUUAGCACGACUUGCUUUUGUACCGGAGACAAGCAGCAACAGGUCCAGCUACUAGGGGAAGGUAGUACUUUGUUCAUUUACUUUGUUUGGAGAAAACUUAGUUUGCGCAGAGCUGAUAUAGAAUCAGCUGAUGUUCCAAAUGGGGACAAACUAGGGUUGUUGCCAAUUCGUGGACCAGCUACUAGUCGGAGGGAUAACAUGCUUUGUUGUUAGCUUGUUACUUGUCCGUUUGUGCACAUCCAUUUCCAUUGGACGGCAAACGUUUUUGACUCGGCCUGAUUGUUCAUCAAUCUAUUUUUCAGUCUCUUUUAUUUAAUUUAAUGCUCCGAUGAUGAAGAGUCUCUCUGAGCUAUUCUUCCUCUGCCGUCCGAACAUGUCCACGACAAUUGUCCCCAUUAGAUGGACCCAAAGCACAAGGAGACGUACCACAACGCUCCAAAGGCCAAACCAGAGUUUUCCUCCGGUUUAUUAUUUACACAUCCUCCUGUCCUUGGACUUGUCUUCCACCGGAGCCUCGUUUACAUGAACCGGCCUUGGAUCCGUCACCAGGACACGGCCUUUUAACCAUCCACCUGUUUGUCAACCCCCGUACCAUACAUAUAUGCCAUCACGCAGCCGGCCGUGGUGGUGGUAGCCGUCGGGCAGCCGGCGGCGAGGAGGAGGGCAACGACGCGCCAUAAUGCCUGUGAAGAGCAGCGCCAGCUUCCGCAUGACGGCGCUGCCUAUGCUGCUGACGGCGCAGCUGCUGGCGGCUGCCGUGCUCGCGCUCACGCUCGUCUGGGUGCUGCACUUUCGUGGAGGCGUCUCAUGGAAGCCCACAUCCAAAUCUCUCCUCGUCUAUACGGCACACCCUCUGUUCAUGGUGAUUGGCUUUAUCAUCUGCACCGGAGAAGCGGUGAUGGCGUACAGGAUCGUGCUGGGCCCGAGGGCAGCCAAGAAGGCGGUGCACCUGCUGCUACACCUCGUAGCCCUCGCCUUCGCCGCCGUCGGCCUGUAUGCCGCCGUCAAGUUUCACCAUGACAACGGCCUCCCUGACAUCCGCUCCCUGCAUUCUUGGCUUGGGAUUGCCACCAUAGCGCUCUAUGCUCUUCAGUGGCUGGUGGCAUUCGUGUACUUUGUCUUCCCGGGGGCCGUGAUGACGAUGAGGGCGGACUACGCCCCAUGGCACAUCUUCUUCGGCCUCGCCAUCUUCCUCAUGGCCGUUUGCACUGCCGAGACCGGCCUGGCCAAGUUCGUCUCCGGCUCCAUCGCUUACCCGAGCGAAGUGUUUCUCAUCAACUUCACCGGGAUCGCCAUCCUCAUGUUUGGCCUUGUUGUCAUCUUGGCUGUCAUCCUUCCGUCAAGGUACUAGCUAGCAAGUGAUGAUUCAUGUUGUUUGAUUAGGCGCGUGUUGACAUGAUUUUGAUAUAUUGUUUCAUUUACAAAGCUGCUGCUGUUGCUGCUGCUAGCCGUAUAAGUUUGAUAUGAUACUAGUAAUGCCAUCUAAUUGUCGUUUUACCUUUUAGGCCCCUAUGCAACGGGGAUCCUUCUUCAUGUCCUGCACAAAUUGAUCAAUUUUUUACUUUGUGAACCUAGGCAAAUGUUUGUGCAUUGUUAUAUGAAAGAAAAAACGAGUCAAUUGUUU